AUGCGGCGAUUGCGCCUAAAGGGAAAACUAGUGAUUGAUAAGCGUAAUUUUGUUUGUUAUUAUUGGGGAUUGGAUUUGUGUUGUUAUUAUAAUUUAUUUUUGAAGAAGACAUUGUAUGAAACAGGCGGAAUUUAUUUUUUACAAAUUGUAAAACAGGCGGAGUUUUUUAAAUUGAAUUGUAAAAAUGUUGUUGUUUUUCUCUCAAGAAAGCGCACACCAUGGCGAGGAAUUUUACUUUUUGGACCACCAGGUACUGGAAAGUCUUAUAUUGCCAAAGCUGUUGCAACUGAAGCACAAAAUUCAACAUUCAUUUCCGUCUCCAGCAGUGAUUUAGUUUCAAAAUGGCUUGGAGAAUCGGAAAAACUUGUUCGACAGCUUUUUGAGAUGGCACGAACAAAUAAGCCUUCCAUUAUUUUUAUUGACGAAGUUGAUUCUUUGUGUUCAUCAAGAUCCGAUAACGAAUCCGAAUCUGCUCGGAGAAUAAAAACUGAAUUUCUUGUUCAAAUGCAAGGUGUUGGCCAUGACAUGGAAGGAAUUUUGGUUUUAGGAGCAACAAAUAUUCCAUGGGUUUUAGAUGCUGCUAUUCGACGUCGUUUUGAGAAACGCAUUUAUAUUCCUCUUCCUGACACAAAUGCUCGUAAAGACAUGUUUAAAUUACACAUUGGAGAUACACAUACAAGCUUAACUGAAGCAGAUUUUAAGGAAUUAGCAGUAAAAACUGAGGGUUAUUCAGGGCAUGAUAUUUCUAUGGUUGUAAGAGAUGCAUUGAUGCAGCCAGUAAGAAAAGUUCAAGAUGCUACUCAUUUUAAACGGGUUAGUGGACCUUCCCCACUCGAUGCAAAAUUAAUUGUUCAUGAUUUAUUGACUCCUUGUUCGCCUGGUGAUGCUGGCGCUAUUGAAAUGUCAUGGUUAGAUGUGCCGUCUGAUAAAUUAAGCGAGCCAGUUAUUUCUAUGAAUGACAUGAUCAAAUCUUUAAUGAGUACAAAGCCAACAGUUAAUGCAGCAGAUUUGCACAAAUUAGAUGAAUUUAAGAAAGAUUUUGGACAAGAAGGAUGA